GUGUGUGGAAGCAGGACUUGGCAAACGUAAUGUGGAAAAUGUGAGGACUCCACGCUAAAGGUAACUGAAAGAAGAAGCGCGGGUUGCUCCCAAAACUUUGUGCCCAUGUAUCUGUGUACUAGUCGAUCUUCGUAGCUUUCCCUGAACGCAUCGAACAGGUGAAGGUCACCUGAGUUUUUACUUGACUUGUUCAUGGCAAGCCACGCCUGGCUGGAGUCUUCCCUGUGCCGCUCUGCCAGUUUGGGCCUGGAGGUGCUGGAGCGGGCCUCCAGGCGUAGAGUAGACUGGGCCAGCGCUGGUGCAUCCCAGACUUCCACUAGUACAGAUGAAGACACACAAAUACCUGUUAAGAGAGCCCACAGAGAGCUCAACGAAGCUUUUGCCACUAUCGCAAACUUCAUGGCACAGACAACAUAUCAGUGCAAGAGGUACUAUGAAUCAGGCUGUUGCACUGAGCCCACUGAAAUGGAGAGAAAGCAUGUAUCCAGGUUCCACACUCGACCAGCCGCUGGGAAGACAACACCUGCACCGUCAACCAGGAAACAUCGUCGCGUGUCGGCAACGGGUGAAGAUUUCUACGUCGAGGUUUCACCUGGAACGUACGCCAUCACUGCCACCAUGCCGGAGUCACAGCAGACUCAGCUGGUUAGUGUCAAAGCUGGAGAGAGCAUCAGCCUCACCUUUAACUUCUGACCAAACCCUUAACCUUCAGUAACAGAACUGACCGGUGCUGAUGCUGUGUGUUUUAUGUAAUGUGUGUUUUAUUGCCUGCUUUACACUGGGUUUACAUUAUCAAAAUGUUUUAUUUCCUGCACAAAGAGAAGCCAUAAUUUUAUUGCAUUUUACUUGAGUAUUAUUAUAUAGACUGUAUUGCAAUUAGUACAUCAUGUAAUGCACUUAACUGUAUUUUUACCUGCACUAAUGCCAUAUCAGUGUAUUAAAAUAAAGUGUUUUUUAUUGAA